AGGACGCCUCCAAUCCCCGCGGGCGCCACGCCCGCCGCGCCGGCGGCGGCGCGGGGAAUAAGUAGAGAGCGCCGGGCCGCAGAGGUAAAGCGCGGACCCGGGCAGCGCGUCGCAGGGCCACCGUUUGUACGCAGGGCCUGGGCAGCCGCACGACCGAGCGACCAUGGACCCGCCGCGGGGCAUCGGCACCUUCGUGGUGUGGGACUACGUGGUGUUCGCCGGGAUGCUGCUCAUCUCGGCUGCCAUUGGCAUCUACUACGCCUUCGCCGGGGGUGGCCAGCAGACCUCCAAGGACUUCUUGAUGGGCGGCCGCAGAAUGACUGCCGUGCCGGUGGCGCUGUCCCUCACCGCCAGCUUCAUGUCGGCAGUCACCGUCCUGGGCACCCCCACGGAGGUGUACCGUUUUGGGGCCAUAUUCAGCAUCUUUGCCAUCACUUACUUCUUUGUGGUGGCCAUCAGCGCGGAGGUCUUCCUGCCGGUGUUCUACAAACUGGGAAUUACCAGCACCUACGAGUAUUUAGAGCUCCGGUUUAACAAAUGUGUCCGUCUCUGUGGAACAGUCCUCUUCAUUGUUCAAACAAUUUUGUAUACUGGAAUUGUUAUUUAUGCUCCUGCCCUGGCUUUGAAUCAAGUCACAGGAUUUGAUCUGUGGGGUGCGGUAGUGGCAACAGGGGUGGUCUGUACAUUCUACUGCACACUGGGUGGUCUUAAAGCAGUUAUCUGGACAGAUGUUUUUCAAGUUGGGAUCAUGGUGGCUGGAUUUGCAUCUGUGAUUAUACAGGCUGUAGUGAUUCAAGGUGGAAUCAGCAAUAUUCUAAAUGAUUGCUAUAAUGGUGGAAGAUUAAACUUCUGGAAUUUUGAUCCAAAUCCUUUGCAAAGACAUACAUUCUGGACAAUUAUUAUAGGAGGGACCUUCACAUGGACUAGCAUCUAUGGUGUCAACCAAUCCCAAGUACAGAGAUAUAUUUCCUGUAAAAGCAGGUUCCAGGCAAAAAUGUCUCUCUACAUCAAUCUUCUGGGACUCUGGGCAAUCCUUGUCUGCUCAGUGUUAUGUGGGCUUGCCCUGUAUUCCAGGUACCAUGACUGUGAUCCUUGGACAGCCAAGAAAGUAUCUGCACCAGACCAGCUCAUGCCUUAUUUGGUGCUGGACAUUCUGCAAGAUUUUCCGGGACUUCCUGGACUUUUUGUGGCCUGUGCUUAUAGUGGAACAUUAAGCACAGUGUCCUCCAGUAUUAAUGCUUUAGCAGCAGUAACUGUGGAAGAUCUAAUUAAACCUCACUUCAGAUCGCUCUCAGAAAGGUCUCUCUCUUGGAUUUCCCAAGGAAUGAGUGUGCUCUUUGGAGUUCUCUGCAUUGGAAUGGCUGCACUGGCAUCACUAAUGGGAGCUUUGUUGCAGGCAGCACUCAGCAUAUUUGGCAUGGUUGGUGGACCACUUCUGGGCUUGUUUGCUUUGGGCAUUUUGGUUCCCUUUGCUAACUCAAUUGGAGCAAUUGUUGGUUUGAUGGCUGGAUUUGCUGUUUCUCUGUGGGUUGGGAUUGGAGCUCAACUUUAUCCUCCACUGCCCGAGAGAACGAUGCCACUAAUCCUUGAAACCUAUGGCUGUAACAGCACACACAAUGUGACAAAUUGGAUGACAACCACAGAAAUGCCAUUUUCUACUAGUGCUUUUCAAGCACACAGUGUGGAAAGGACUCCACUGAUGGAUAACUGGUAUUCUUUAUCAUAUCUAUACUUCAGCACUCUUGGAACUUUGGUAACGGUAUUCAUUGGAAUGCUAAUCAGUUUACCAACAGGAGGAAGGAAACAAAACUUAGACCGCAGAUUCCUAUUAACCAAAGAGGACUUUUUAUCCAAUUUUGACAUUUUUAAGAAAAAGGAGCAUAUUUUAAGCUAUAAAUCUCACCCGGUAGAAGAUGGUGGAACUGAUAAUCCUGCCUUCAACCAUAUUGAAUUGAACUUCCCAGAUCAAAGUGGCAAGAUGAGUGGGACUCGUUUGUGAAGCAUCUGUGAUACUAAAUGAUCUUAAACAGUGACUCAGUUACAUAUGUUUCCUAAGAUAAUUGGACCAGAUUUGGAUUUCUUUUUGGGGGGAGGGUUUGAUAAUGAGUGAAGUUUUGGGGGAAACUUUGGGGGUAAAAUUUUGUUGAAGCAAAGUACUGACUCUUCACUUACUAUAUUCAUUAACUGGUGCUACUCUGGAGUUAAGAAUUUCAGCAUCAGCAUUUUUCUUUAUUUCUUUUUUAUUUUAAUGAAGAUGUCAUUGUGAAAGUUAUGACCAUAUAUUGCUAAAGGAUUAAUAUACACAUAUACACACAUACUUGAUGGUCAAAAAAGAGUAUUUUAAAUUUGGGCAUUAUUAAAAAUAUUUUCCAUGCAUUUGUUGCUAGCAUAUAAGUUUUGGGGUUUCCCAAAAUCAGAUAUAAUACUGAAAAGACCUUUUGUCUUUCUAUAACAUACUGUAUUUUUAGGAAACAGUGAGGUGACAAAUCCAUGUUGUCUAGAUCUUUGCUUCUCACUGAUCCGUAUCAGCCCUAUCAGGGAGCUUAUUAUUAUCUGGAACCAAUUCUGGCUCAGGAAGGUGAUAAUCAAGAAGCAUCCUGUUUGGGAGAGAACAUGUGCCCAGUGAUCAAGGGCUUUUUGGUUCUACUUAUCUAUUCUUGUGCCUUUUUGCUAAUUAUCUACAACUCCUGGCCAUUGGCUGUUUAUAUUGCCUUACACCCCAGUUCUUAUAUGCAAUCCCAAUUUCUGACCCAUCAGCUCAGAUUUUGUUGUACACUUUACUUUUCUUCUCUUCCAAGUUUUCAAUAUACUAUGUUACCUUGGACUUAUAUAUGUCUUGAAACACCCAAUGUGAAUCAUGCUACCCCAGAUUCUGGUUUACGAAGUCACAGACUAUAAAUUAGAAAUCCUAUGAACCUGAUACUGACUAAAGUAUUUACAACAUAAGUACUUAUGGAUUUGGUCACCCAAGAACAUUUACAUGAUUAAAAUGGUUAAGUUCCAUGGAAUUGCAUAGUUAUGUUGAAUGAUACUAAUUUGAAUUUAAGGGUACAUACAUAUGCUUAGAAGUCUUAGAAGUGUAUUCACCCAUUUAAAGAGUAAACACACUACUUUUUUUUAAUGUUCUGAAUUACCAACUAUAUGCUUUGUUUCAUGCUUUAAAAUUUCAAGUAGAAAUCUCAAAGUUUAUUUUGUUUAUCUUGCUACAUUUCCAGCUAAGGGUUUGGUCACAGACUUUUAUUAAUAACAUUUUUUUCUACAGGUCUUGCAUUAGAUACUGUUUGGAAAUGUGUUUCUUUUGUUUGUUUGUUUGCCUUACAAUAUUUUAAAAUAAUAUGAGAAACAUUUAGGUAUAUUAAAUAGAUUUUAGAAUUAAACACUUUUUUGUUUAUUUUCUGAUAUUUAGGUAAGUAUGCUCUGUACUUUUAAAGGUUGCCAACUGAAAACAUGAAGCAAUAAAAAAAUAGGAAGUAGCAUUUAUCUAAAGAAAGAUUUAUGUAACAUUUAAAUUAAUGAUGUGUUAAUAUAUUUCAUAUGUGUAUAGAUGUUAUUUUUUUAAUCAAUAUGUUUGUAAGCAUAUAUCAUCAUACUUUGUAAAUCUUUCUACAAUUUUUAAUGAGUAGGAAGAUAUCAUCUUAUUUGUUUCAUGCAAGUAUGAUUUGAACUAUUGUUAUUUAUUUAGUAAGUGUAAAUGCACAUGGGUGUAGAAUGCUUCAGUUUUGGAAAUCAAAGUCCAGUUAUAUAAAUUUUUCCUUAUCUAACUACAAAGAUUAUGCCACGUGUUCUUAAUGAUAUGAUACUUCUAUUCUUGUGCACUUUAUUUAACCAAAUACAUCUUUGUGACUUUGGGAACUGUUGGUAUUUUACCUUUAUGAACACAUAAGAGUGCCAGACCGCAUUCUUAAGAAAUCAAAUUGCUGUUAUUAAUUAUGAAAAAAUCAUUUAUCUUAUCUGAAUCUUUGGAUAAAACCACAAAGAAGUAAAACAUUAAUAUAUCAUAGUGUGAAAGAAAUAAUCUAAUGUUCUUAAUUAUUUCUGAAUCACAACAGUCCCAACAGCAGGGAAAAGCAACAUAAGUAGUCUAUUUUCAUUUUGUCAUUGACAGAUUAUAUGACCUUGAAUUUAUCCUUAAUCUCCUCUAAUGAUGGAACUCUAAACACUUAACUACCUCACAGAAAUAAUGUGAGUAUAAAAGAUUAGAUAGCACUUUAUUAGCUCAAAUAGUAUUACUUAAAAUUUUAAUAUGAUUGGAAAUAAAAAUUUGAGACAAAGGUCACUUGUUUAAAAAAAAAGACAAAUUGUUUAGAAUUUGCAAUGUAAUGAUGUGGCUAUAGUCCCAUCUCUAAAAAAUAUGUGCUGUAGAAAAACUGAAUUAUAUUUAGGAAUCAGCAGGAUUAUUCAGAGAGAAUGGAAACUUUAUUUUUAAAAAAAGCACCCAAUCAUAUUCACUCCGUAGAGAAAUGGCCAAUCAUAUUCACUCCAUAGAGAAAUGAAACUUUUACAUGUAGGAUAUAAAUGUAUAUGCAUCUAUUUGAUUGCUUAUGCAUUAAUUUUUUCUCUAGACCAGUGGUUCUAAUGGGGGCAGUUUUACACCUGCAUUUGGACAUUUGGAAAUAUCUGGAUACAUUUUUGGUGGUCACAGUGGUGAUGAGGUGCUACAGCAUCUAGUGGAUAGAAUUUAGGGUUACUACUAAAUAUCCUGUGAUACAUAAGACAACCCCUCUUCACAACAAAAAAUGAUCCUACCCCAAGUAUUAAUAGUGUUGAGUUCAAGAAACCCUGCCCUAGAGGUUAGGGUUGCAAUCUUGAUUUUCCUGAAGUCACACAUGCUGGUUUUAUUCCUUUAGGGAAAUUGCCUUGACUCUUCUAUCUGAUCAUUCUCAUCUACAGGGGAGGAUUAAAGUGUCACUGGCAUACACAAUGUUAGGAUACAGGAUAAUAACCAUAUAUUUUUAUAGUAUUUUGAAAAUAUUAAGAAUAUAAAAUGUGAAUAAUUAUGAAAACAACUUUUAUGAAGGUUUCAUUUUGCAAUGAUUUCCAACAUUAACAUACAUUAGGAUGAAGGAAAUAUUAAAUACAUGAAUAUGAAGAUUUCAUAAUUUUGCUUUACCUGUGAAUAUCCCAGAAAGUAGUUUAUUUGUUAACAACUUAUCCAUGAUAUACACACAAAGGACAGGGAUAAGGUUAAGAUCAGGAGAAUGACUCACUGUGUCAAUUCUUAUAGAAAAUUCUUAGUUUUUCCCAAUAAUAGUUGUUGAUACAGAGUCAACUGAGUGCAUGCAGUUACUGACAAUUCACCACAUAAUUUAGUUACUGUAAAAUUUACUUUUAUAUUUAAGUUAUUUGCCCAUUGUAAAAAAAUCUUGAGGGAAUUGAACAUUAUAAUGUAAAACAAGUUUGCAUUUCUGAUUUUUCAGCUUGCUGAUUAAACUCUCCACAAGUGUCUUUACAGUUGUCUGUUCUUGGGGAAGAAAAUGUCAAAAUGAAUAUAAUUAAGUUUAUCAGCUUUUACAGAGAAUUAUUUCCACUCUACCACAAAAGGACUCUUUCUGUAUACUACAUUCAGAUUAUAAAAGAAUAAGCAAAUAAACAUGCAGAACUUUUGUUGCUGAAGAAUAUUUUAUGCAUUGAGUAAUUAACACUGUAUUUGAAAAUAAAAAAUCACGUCUUCAGUC